CAGCCUUUAAGUGUCUAUUCUCACGAUGUUAAUAUACAACAGGAUAUAGAAUCCUUCUAAGAAUGUCAGAAGUGAAAUCCCUUUUUCAUUAGUUGUUUAUUUCAAACCUGUUUUCAAACCAAAGUAAUUUCAUCGUGGAACUGGAUUGUUUUGAAAAAACAGAAAAUAAUGGGAACAUGUCCCAGUGGUUCAGCUAUUGCCUCACUGCACAGAAGCUGUUUCAAAACUUCAAAUUAAUGGAUAAAGAUCAUUCUGAUCCCAGUGCGGGAUCUUAGGCUGAUUUUUCAUAUGUGUUUAUGUCCAGAUCACGUUGAGAUCCAAAGUCUUAUGAUUUCCAGUGUCAGAGUGACAGGUUGAUUAAGGUGAGAGAUUUUUUUCAGUUGGCAUGAUUCAGGAGGACCUCUGCCACACAGGAACUCUGGCAAGCUGCUGGGACAGAUUGAAACAGUCCCAAAAAAACCCCAAAAAGGCCGGCUUUUCUGGUGGACUGCUGUCAAUGAAGUGCUCCUCACGCGGUCUGCACUUGUGCUGGUUCUGGAUGCUCUUCAUCAGAGGCUAAACUGAAGCUCAGCUGCUCUGCACGUCUCUGCUGUGUUUCCUGUUGUCACUGCGUUUUCACUUUUCUAGUCUGUUUCUAUUUUUUUCUUUAAGCUGUUUUUGAUUGGACAAUAUUUGUCAGCUAAAUAAACUGGGGGGGUGACACAGACAAAAAUGUUUCCAUUCACAGCCACAAGCACCAGACUGAUGUUUAGAGUCUGAAGUCUAAAGAGAAACAAAAAACAGCGGCUCAGAAAUAGGAAGUCGUCUCUUCUUGUUGACAUCAGUCAGCUGUCACAUCAAUGAUGUUUCAUGAACUUUCCGUUUGUAGAUCAGAAAUGUUCAGCAGUCUUUGGACGACGCUUUUGUAGUUACUGAAGCUGAUCCCCAGAAACGUUGAUUUACUGAUCUGAGCUGUUCAUUUCUCAGAAAACUUUCAUGAUGAACAGACUUUUUAGGUUUUUGUUUUUCUUGAUCGGUCUCUGGAUCUUAACCACAGGUGCAGAUGUCUCCUGUCAGUUUGGGCAGAGCUGCAUGUUACUCUGCAGUUUCACAGCUGGAGAUGAUCCUGUCAUCCACUGGUUUAAAGUGACACUAACACUGAAAGAAGUUCACUCCUACUAUGACAACAAGGACCAAUGUGGACAGCAGGACUGGAUGUUCAAAGGAAGAACAUCUCUGUUCCUGGAGGAGAUCUCCAGAGGAAACGCCUCUCUACAACUGACUGGAGUUAUGGUUCAAGAUGAAGGAACAUAUCUAUGUCGCACCAGCACCAGCAGUGAUGGAAGAGAAACCUUCAUGAACAUGACGGUUUACGCUCCACUUCAGAAGAUCAACAUGACACAGACUGAAAAUCUGAUCAUCUGCAGCUCAGAUGAGAUCUAUCCUGAACCGCAUCUCAGCUGGUCCAUCAGUCCUCCAUCCAGCAGAACCUUCCAGAACAAAACCACAGUCCACAAGACUGAAGAACUUCUUUACAACAUCAGCAGCUCUCUGACUAUUUCAGACAGUGAAGAAGAUCUGGACCACAUCUGCACCAUCAGCACUCCAUCCAAACAGAGGAGAGCUUCAUGGAGGAGAAGACAUUCAGUGACGAUCAUCUCUGGAGAAGCAACCAUCUCCUGCUCUGCCUUAGACUCCUCCCUCAAAGGCCUCAGUCUGGUUUGGAGGUUCAAUCAGAGAGAGAAAAUAGUGACCAAGAACGAGGAUGAUGAGCACAGAGUGUCAGAGGAGUGGAAGCAGCAUGUGAAGGAUGUCUCAGAGUCAGGCAGACUCACACUGCAGCACUUAUCUGCAGAUCAUGAGGGAACAUACACAUGUGAAGUCAGCAAUGAUGGAGACACCAGCAUGGCUCAAAUCUCUCUGAGAUUAGCUGAAGGAAAAGACAGAUCUCAUGUCAUCGGUGGGACAGUGGCUGCAAUUGGGAUCUUAGCUAUAAUCGUCCUGGUCAUCUACUGCAUAAGAACAAGAACUGAAGAACGGAGAGGACAAAAACCAUCAAACACAGAGUCAGUCCCUAACAUUUAUAAAGGAACAAACAAUGAAGAGGAGCAUGAGAAUUCCACACCAAUGAACUACGGAACAAUCAGGAACAAUCGGGAACAACACUCAGAAACAACACUGUAAAGCUGCUGCUUCAUCUGUGUCUCCUUCAGCAGAACCAACACAACACUACUGAACUUUGAAGUUCUUUUUUCAUAUUUUGGUAUGCCAUAGUGCUGAUGAAUACUGAUUCUGACUGGUUGCAGGAUGUCCAUUAAUCCUUGUGCUCCCUUAUGGGGUCCAGAUGACCCCACUUUGACUGUAAACAUGCCUAGGAUAGCACAAGGGUUACAGAGUCACAAUGGACACCUAAAAAAGAAGGUCUGGUCUGACAGGCUGAAUGUUCUGAAUUACUGUGCUGCCCUAAACGCCACUAUAACGGAACAACAAAAAGCUUGGAACAUAGGUGGACAAAUGUUAUUCCACAGUUUAUCAAAACAUCAAGACAGUUGAAAAGACCCCUGUUCUUCAAAUGUCUCCAUGAUUGAAAUGUCAGGACCUCUAUCAAAUCAGCAGCGAUGUUGACUUUACUUUCAAAUAAUUGUUUUUCUUGUUUACCUUAUUGCUUGAUAA